UCGAUAUCGCUUAGCACCAGCUUGUUUUGCUGUCAAGAUCAUUUCCAUGUAAGUUAAACUUUGUGAAUAGAUAUAUUUAACAAAACGUAAUCGUAACAUUCCAUUAUAGUUGCAAGAAGAUAUAGAAAAUUAUACGAGAGUACGACUCGAUCCAAAUGCAUCUGUACGACUGAAGAAAGGUGCACUACCUCGGAUAUUUCACUGUCAACCUGAUAGACAACGUGCUCAUGUGAAACCGAUGCGUCCAGUAGCUCUGAAGCGCCAGAAAAUAGAAACUUUAAACGAAAUCCUACAAACUGAAACAGUAAUCGAUAGUAGCAUGGAAUGUGAAUCCACAGAACCUAUUACAACCGAGUUAUUGCAUAUUGACACCAACAUUGAUGAUUUUUCAACUACUCAACAUCAGGUGGCUGCUGUUGAAAUUGAUUGGAGCAAUGAUGCAACACCAAAAUGCAAGGAUGUUGGUAUUCAAGUGAAAAUGCGUGACCAUAAGACAAUGCGUAGCAAGUAUGUACAAAACGUGCCAGUGAUGCAAGAUGCUUCAUGUUCGACGAACGAAAAAACUCGUAAUAUAAGUCAGCAAAAAACUGAGAAUGUAAUUACAUCAUCUGAGUCAACAUCGGCCAACACGAAUGUGACAAGUACUUUCAAUGAUACACUGGAUGAUUGCGAUGAUGAAUAUCUACCAUCUGAGGAAACAAGCGAAGAGGUAGUGAAGCAGAAUAUAUUGGAGCAGAGGAGGUUAGCGAGGAAUAUAAAAAUGACGACCAUUCAAAAUAAACCGAAAAUGUACUUGGGUAUUCCGGACAAUGCCUUCUUUUUUAUACAGCUUUUAAGCAAAGAAACGGGAAUUAGUAUAGAGGAAAUUUGCUUAACCGUCACUAAAAUUAAAUUAAACGAUACAUUCGCAAGAAUUGGAGAUGAUUUUGGAAUCAGUGCUAGUAACGCGAGUGCUGUUUUUAGAAGAACUCUCCCUAUUGUAGCACAUUAUUUAAAACAAUUAAUUGUUUGGCCUUCGGAACAAUCCAUCAAAUCGAAUCUGCCUUUGCCAUUUCGUGCUCGGUACAGUCAUGUACAAUCUAUAAUAGAUUGUUUAGAAAUUGAAAUUCAGAAGCCUAGCAGUGCGAUUAAUCAAAGUGUUACGUGGUCAAAACACAAUAAAAUACUUAAUAUCAAUGUCACCGGAUGGAACUAUUAAUUUUAUAUCAGAAGGUUUUUGUGGGAGGACAUCCGAUGCUGCGAUCGUAGAACUCAGCCAGUAUUUAAAUCAGCUACCAGAAAACUGUGCAGUCAUGGCUGAUCGAGGUUUCAAAAACAUUGAACAUCUAUUACAAAAAAAGGAUGUAUUUUAAUUCGACCGCCUAGUGUUUCGAGUAAUUCAAAACCGACAAAGGAGGAAGUGAUAGAGACUCGGCGUAUCGCUAGCUUAAGAAUUCAUGUAGAAAGAGUUAUUAGAAGAAUAAGAGAAUUUAACAUUUUAAAAUCUCAUUCUACCAUUCAUCAUGAUACAAUAAACACCGUAGAUGAUAUGAUUAUUGUGACUGCAGGUUUAAUUAAUAUUCAGUUACCACUUAUAGCACAAUAAAUAU